AUGGUGUCCGGGUUGGUUAUCGUUUCAUUGAGGUUCUCGAGACCGUCUUCGGGAACCCUAGGCAACUGUGUCUUUCUCCUCUCCUCAUCCCGCGAUCUCUUCACGUUCCCUCUCCUCUCCUCAUCCCGCGACCCACCCAUCCUCUCCCAAAUUCUUCCUCUCUUCCGAUGCCUCAUCGAAUCCCUCCGCUGGCUCCACCGCCGGAUAGCAAUCGCUGUACACCUCAGCGAUGAGAGCGCCUACGCCGUCAAGUGGGUCGUGCAGAACUACCUCCGCCCCGGCGACAUCGUCAUCCUCCUCCAUGUACGGUCUACUUAUGUCCUCUACGGUGCUGAUUGGGGCGCCGUCGACCUCUCUGUUCCGGAAGAGACUGGCUCUGAGGAAUCGCAGCGGAAGUUGGAGGACGACUUCGAUGACUUCACCACCACCAAGGCACAGGACCUCGCGCAGCCGCUCGUGGAGGCUCAGAUUCCGUUCAAGAUCCACAUCGUGAAGGACCACGACAUGAAGGAGCGUCUUUGCCUCGAGGUGGAGCGCCUCAACCUUAGUGCCGUGAUCAUGGGCAGUAGAGGCUUCGGGGCCUCAAGGAAGACCAGCAAGGGGAGGCUCGGUAGCGUCAGUGACUACUGCGUCCACCACUGCGUUUGCCCCAUCGUGGUGGUGCGCUAUCUUGACGAGGGGGGCGUAACCGACGGCGGCAGUCCGAUAGCUCCAGGGGAGUCGACGGAGAAGGACGAUGAGCUGCAUCCUGUCCCAGAAGAAGAUGAAUACCAUGAUGCCGCCGUUUAACUCAAAGGUCAAAGUCUUGCCCUCGAAACUACAACUUACUUUUUUACUUUCCUAUCAAUAUGGCCAACAUUGUUUGUUACUAGAAGAAAUGAUGAUGAAAUUUGAUGAUUCGAUCGAUGAUUUAGAUGAACACGAUUUUGAUAUUAUGUUCGGGAAAUUAGACAAAACUAUGCAUGGUAUAUGCUUAUACGAAUCCGAUGCAUGCGAGACAACUAGACGCGAGAAAAACAUCGUAGACUUUCUAUUUCCAAUGUGUGGUGCUUGGUAGUUGUUCCCUUUUCUUAUUUACUGCUAUAUAAGCAACAUAUCACAACUGCAUAACUAUGACAGUCCUUUCAAGUGAAAGAGUGUAUCUUUCACAUUACUGUGUCAGCUGAGUGAAGUUCAUAUUUUCUACUCAAUGCUGGAAAAUGAACUACAAAUACAGGGAGGGUUCUGCUCUUCUUAUCAAAUGUUGUACUGAAUUGCCUCCUGACUAGGUUUUAUGAUCUUAGUAAGAGGUUUAGGUUAACUUGAAUAACCCGAAUGCCUUGAAUUACUUGAGACUAGUUAUAUUGUGGCAUUCAUUUGAAGUAAGAAUUUCUUUUGUGGUUUUCCAAAGCUUAAAUCCGAUUAUUCAGUUUACAGAAGGGGGGCUCCCUUUUCUCACUGUGUGUUUGCUUCUUUAGCGCUUAAAUGGACUUCAAAAUCAAAAUUGUUGUUGUAGUAAUUGAGCAUGAUUAGUAUAUUAACUCAACAACUGUCUGAUGUUAUCAUAAUAGUUGGACUACAUUAUAAAAAGCUGAAAACAUAUAACAAUGUCCACAAAAUCAGAUUUGUGAAUCCACUCAUUAUCCCAUAUGUGCCAUGUGUGACUCGACUGGACAAAAACAGCAAAAUCGAGCACUUGAAUGAAAGAGCUAGUGUUUUGGCAGAUAAGCUGAGUCAAGCAUCAAGAAAUCAACUUGUUUUGGUGCCACAUAAUGUUGGGUAAGUAAGACUUAUAAUAUCAGUUUUAAUUUAUUGUUUCAAGAAAUAUGCAUGCAAUAAUUAUGUGAUUUGUGCAUAGUUAUCAUUGGAUUCUCACUGUCAUUGAUCCAUAUAAGGAGACAGUUUAUUUGUUGGAUUCGCUUAGUCAUCGCAUUCGUGACGAGGAUUGGAAAUACGUAGUAGAUAUGUGAGUACAUUUUUUAAUUUUAUUAAGCAUUUUUUAAUCAGUAAAACUCUCAUAUGUCCAUUCUUAUUGAUGUAUAAAGGAGCAUAAGAUUGUUUAAUUCAAACAAGGCAAAAAAAGGGAAAAAACAUGUUACAUGGGAAGUAGUAAAGGGUCCUCACCAACCAGAUGCGAAACAGUGUGAUUUUUAUGUGAUGAGAUAUAUGAGAGAUAUUAUCGAAGAAUUAGAAACUAUCGAGAGAGAUUCACUUCGAUCAAUAUUCAUCAAACCCCAGUACUCUAGAGAAGAAAUUGAUGAAGUGCGUUCCGAGUGGACAGAAUGCAUACAAGACUAUAUUUAUGACUAGGGAGAAAUUGCUGUGUUUGCAAGCUGGGUAUGCAGAAAAAGAACCAGUACGUGAAGAUUGUUGCACAUCUGAUCCUGACUUGAUUUAUUCAGAAAAAGGACAAAUUAAUUUGCAUGGUUGUGGUCUUAUAAACUUAAUUUUGUGGUUUCAUCUUUUGUGGUUGUCAUAAUUGGAUACUACUUGUGGUCAUGUUUGGAUAGCUUAUAGUAAUUGUAUAGAAUUGUUUAUAAACUUAAGUGAAUGUACACAUAUACCGGUUUUUGGUUGAGACAAGAUGUAUAUAUAAAUUAAAGACAACUGA